CGUAAUGGUAUCGGUAUCCAAAUCCUAAAAGGUGAAAGAAAGUAAGGAUUGAGUAAUUUCUGUCGUAAAUUUGAACAUUAAUUCACUCAAAUUAUUGUUUGAAUCAAUCAUGUAUUUUUUCAAUUAAUUGCCUGAUAACAGUCUAUUUGUCGAUCGUAAACUUAGUCAUCUUUUGAUUUGUUAUCAUCUGGAUUGGCCUUUCGUAGGCCGUAGUAAAAACAGUCAAUAUGUCUAUGGAGCAAACUGCAUGUGAAGAUUUAAAAGCAUUUGAACGUCGAUUACAAGAGAUGAUGAACUGCAUGAAGCUACAAACUAAACGUUACAGAUUAGUACUGGCUGUUAUAACAGCUUUUACUGCUUUUGGAGCUUUCCAAUGGUUAACCGAUCCACUUACAUCUAGAAUUUCAUUGUUUCAGUCAUUGUUUAACCAUCCAUUUUUCACAAUUAAUGCUUUUAUUUUAAUACUUUUAUUUGCUCUAACUGGAAUUCAUAAAAGAGUUAUUGCACCUCAAGUGAUCAUGUCAAGGGUGCGUCAAGUAUUGUCUGAUUUUAAUAUGACCUGUGAUGAUAAUGGUCGACUUAUUUUGAAACCAAGACCCAAGCCCAGAUGAAAUCUAAGGAACAUAGUUCUUUUAGCUAUGAAAAAUCAAUUGAAAAAUAAAAGGCAAAACUAAGUGGAAAUGGAUACCGAACUCUCAAUCAAAAUCAUCAUAAUCAACGUUUCGCUUCAAUUAUCGUCCAAUGUCCUCAUGAUCUGCUUUGAUAUUGAUCGCGACGAUCAACUGCAUAAGUCAUCCUUUGGCGAAGAGAGUCUCAAGUUACGAUUUAAUUUACAUGUUUAUUCAUUUUUUUCUGGUGCAUCUCUUUUUAUUUAUUCAUAAACUCAUGAGCUUGUCAAUCUUAUCAGUUCAGAAUUUUGUUGAAAGUGAAGAAAAAAGUAACUAACACUUUUGUUCUCAUUUAAACGAAAUUAUGCCGGUAAGACUAUGUUUGAAUUAGUGAAAGCAUAAUCACAAUAAUUUGAUCAACAAUACGAACAAUUUGAAACGUCUUUCACUAAUUUAGUCACAAAAGUAGUCAAAAAUUUGGCUUGUUGAUCAACAAAAAUCCAAAACAUUAUUUAAAACAUGAAAUCUCUCAUGACUCCAUCAGGAUUAGCUCAAAAGAAUCAUCAAUAUGCAUGGAUAAACAGGACAAAAGGAUAAAUCUUUGUUAUACAACUUGUACAACUUUAAAAUUAUCGAUUAACUUGAACAAAAAACAAGAGAAUCUUGAAGAAAUCAAAUUCCUAAAAUUAAAUAAACAAUUAUUAAAAACUA